AUGAAGUUCACCGCUGUCACCUUCGCUGCUCUCAUCGGCGUGUCCUCCUCGGCCGCCAUCAGCAAGGGCGAUUCCAUCUCGUUCGGGUUCGAUUACCCAGUCACGGCCUCGGAACCCUUUUCCAGCAAGUGGCGGUCGGUCCCCUGCACCACGUCUACCUUGUGGACGUCGACCCCCUGCACCACGUCUACCUUGUGGACGUCGACCCCCUGCGCCAGCAGCAAGUGGUCAUCAACCUCGUGCGUCAGCAGCAAGUGGUCAUCGAUCCCCUGCGUCAGCAGCAAGUGGACAUCGACCUCGUGCGUCAGCAGCAAGUGGACAUCGACCUCGUGCGUCAGCAGCAAGUGGACGUCGACCCCGUGCUCGACCAGCACUCCUUGCACUACCAGCACUCCGUGCACUACCAGCACCCCGUGCACCAGCUCCUGCACAACUACCACCAAGUGCACCAGCACCCCCCUGCCGCCUCCUCCGCCAAUCACGACUCCGUGCACGAGCAGCCUCCCUCCUCCCCCGCCUCCGCCUCCGACUACCACCCCAUGCACGAGCAGCUCGGCGCCGCCCCCGCCUCCCCCGCCGCCGACCACAACGCCUUGCACCUCGGCCGUCCCUCCUCCUCCUCCUCCCCCCCCGCCUCCGGCUACUACCCCUUACACCUCUUCUGCUCCGCCACCUCCGCCGCCUCCUCCGGCUACCACUCCUUGCACCUCUUCUGCUCCACCGCCUCCACCGCCUCCUCCGGUUACCACUCCUUGCACCUCUUCUGCUCCACCGCCACCACCGCCUCCUCCGGCUACCACUCCUUACACCUCUUCUGCUCCGCCACCACCUCCGCCGCCUCCUCCGGCUACCACUCCUUACACCUCUUCUGCUCCGCCGCCACCUCCGCCACCUCCUCCGGCUACCACUCCUUACACCUCUUCUGCUCCACCGCCACCUCCGCCACCUCCGGCUACCACUCCUUACACCUCUUCUGCUCCGCCGCCACCUCCGCCACCUCCUCCGGCUACCACUCCUUGCACCUCUUCUGCUCCGCCGCCACCUCCGCCACCUCCUCCGGCUACCACUCCUUACACCUCUUCUGCUCCGCCGCCGCCUCCUCCCCCUCCGCCUCCGGCCAGCACGACCUCUUCUGCUCCACAUGCUCCUCCCCCUCCGCCUCCGGCCAACACGACCUCUUCUGCUCCGCCUCCUCCUCCGCCUGCGGCCAGCACGCCUUGCACCUCCAAGCCUGUCACUGUCCCCACUGCCGGCGCUGUCGCCAUCGGUAUCCACGGUGGUCUGGCUGUCGCCGCUGCCGCUUUGGCUCUGCUUUAAGCAGCUACGAUGGGAUCUUGAGGUAUGCUCUGAAGUUUUCGGUUGGAAAGGGGGGGCAUGAUCGGUCCCUCGUCAAGGAAGGACCUAGUUUACGGUUUCGCAUGGGAUGGCAUGUCCACGCGUCUACUCUCAUUACCAGUGUCUUGGAUGUUAUCAAAGGUGGAAGAAACAAUUUGAUUAGGUAGUUUGGGGUUCCGGUAGAUUGGUUUGGAAAAAGAAAAUGAAGGAGAUUACAACGACAUUAGGAUAUAGAUAAUUUCGCUAAUACUCGGGUAGAUGGUUCUUUGUAGGCUUCGGGUCUGGUCGCAAGGUCGGACGGGAGUUCUUGUUAGUUAGCUAUCAUUCCUCAAAUGUAUCGGAUUCCUUCAA